UUAAAUCUGUAUUAUUGUCACCGCGGUGGUUCCCAAAUCAGAUCAAAGAGCGCGUGCAUGAUGGCGUGAUAGGCGGCACCUACUUACUUGGCAAAGGGUUCCUUCCUCCCCCAUUACGAUUACAAUCUCCAGUUCCAUACACCCAACAGUCGAGCAAAAUGGACCAAGCGACGUCAUCGUCGUCUUAGUUAGAUUUAUUUGAAAGUUUACAAUGCAAAGUUUCAGGUACACGUUGUGGCUAGGGGUUAUCGCCAUGGCGGUGGCGUCACAGCUUCGUCUGGACAGAAGGAGAUUCUCAUGCCGGAGGGCAGCCCAAAAUGCUUACGGUAGGGACCUCUGCCCUGUGAAGACUAUCCGUCGGGACUCUAACACCAACUGUGUCAUCGUCCACGCUGGGAUAAAAGAUGAAGUGUUUAGUCAGGCCCCAACCAUUGAAGUCCGUUCAUUGGGAAAAGAGAUCAUCCGGCCUGUCCUGAAAUACAAAGAAAAGAAUCCAGAUGAAAUCCAAGUCCGGUGUAAUGACGUCACUCAAAAACAUCUGCCACACAUUAACAAUUCUUUAACCUUGUGGGAGCUUAUUUAUGACUGUGUGACUGCUGAGGUGCAACAUCCUGUCACCGUUUCCUACAGCACGACGUCAAUGAACUGCAGCGUCACUUACGCCAUACCAGAUCCCGUACCAAAGUUUAAUUUGUCUGUAGACCAUGCAUCUAAAUCCUUCGCUAUAACGGUAGAGUCCGAGGAUGAAGUCCAUGCAAGGUGGUGCUAUAAGCAGAGUGCCGACUACUGCGUCCAAGGGUCACAUUCCAACCUAACUACCAUUGAUCCAGCUCAAUCGCACUCUGCUCUUGUAAGAUUCCCAUACCUGCUUCCAUGUCUCUGUGUACAAGUAUAUUACACACACCCGGAUGCACUGAGAAAAACAGUGUGCCCUCUUCAUACUGAUACUGUGGCAGAUGUACAAGAUGUUUGGCUCUCCUCUGAGGUGCACUUGUUCGAGUCCAGUAUCACUUGGAGCUCUCUGUGUCCGGCCAGAGACCUGAACCUCUUUGCCUCCCUCUGUUGGAGGCAUCACAAACAUCUCUGCUCCCCUUUACCCAACUCCACGCUGGAAGGGAAUGAAGAUGGUCUGAACCUGAUAUUUGACACAUCGUCUGUGGACAGACACCCUCAAAUGUGUGUGAAGUUUUCUCUAAAAGGCAGCCACAACAUCUCCUGCCCUUUCCAGGCUGAUAUGUCCUCCUGGUGGGCUUCCAUCCGACCACACCGCUUCACCCUGUUUGUGCAUGUCAAUUCGACCUUCCCGGCCACGUUCUCAGCUCAGCUCUGCGUCCUGACCGAGACGGAAUGUGCACCCAGAGGCCGCGUGGGCUCAGUGAGAGCGGAAGCAGCUUUGGAAACCAAAAUAAGUGUUCCUCUUCACUUGAUUGCGGAGAGACCAUGUGUGCAGGUGUGGCAGUCCCAUCCUGCCCUCAAUGGACGCAGGAUUCUUUGUCCACACUAUGAACGCAUCCGAUGGGGCGUGCAAGCUGCGGCGGCGUUGAUUCUUCUUGGCAUCGUCGCCUUUUUGAGAUGUUUCAUCCACUUUCUCACCAAAACGGGAGCUACAGAUUGGCUGUACGUCCAGAAGCCAGUUUUGCUGGUGUGUUCGUCGGAGCAGUCGGCGCACAUAUCUGCUGUGUGCGCCCUGGCUUCACUGCUUCGGGAGGAUCUGAGUGCCACGGUCCACAUGGCCCUGUGCGCCCAAAGCUCACAAAGGCACGCAGACGUCGGGACCACUGUGGCGGAUCUGGGCCCGCUUCCUUGGCUGUACGGGCAAUGGGAGACUGUGUGCGAGGCACAGGGGAAAGUGUUAAUCAUCUGGAGUACAGAAGCCCAGAGGACGUAUCAGAAGUGGUGGAAGCAUACAAGACAUUGUCAAGACGAGGUGAGACGUGAGAACGUCGAAGAUGAUUCCAAACACGAUGCAAGACUACUGGAAAAACUGAAUGAGGAGGAUUGUGCGAGACCAUGCAAAGACAUGGACUGGGGAACGCGGUACAAAGCUUCUGCAGUAAUCGAACCAGUGUUCACAGCCGCUCUUGCCUGCCUGGAGGGGGCGCUACGUGAGCGCAAAGGUCAGGAAGUUGCCUUUGUUUACUUCCAGGGAUUCAGCCACAGCAGGGACAUCCCAAAGAUCUUCCGAGACGUUCCUCGCUACUGCAUACCUCAGGACUUCAGUGAUCUAAUUCAGGAGCUGGGAAGCAUGAGAAGGACGAGUAGCAGAUUAUGGUGGCACUGUUGGCACGGGCUCGUGUCAAAAGGGAUGUCGGCGUGGCUGGCGCGGCAGUUGACACUCAAGCUGCAGACACAGCUGCCUCAAACUCAGAGGACGAAAGGUCAAAGGUUAGGGGUUACAUCAUUCAGAAAAAUGACGUCUAUACGGAAUAUACAAGGAACAAAGCGAGAGCAUGAGGCUUGCUUGCAAUGGACAGCAGAGAAGCUUUAGACCAGGGGUCUCAAACUCAAUUUAUUUGGGGGCCACUGGAGCUCGGGUCUGGGUGAGACUGGGCCGCAUCAGGUUUUAAAAAAAACAACAAAAAAACGCAUUUAUUAAAAACAAAAA